GUUUGUUGUAAAACAUGUUUUUAUAAAUGUACAAACCACGUGGAAAGCGAAACUUUAAACAAAACGUGUAGUUUUUGAUGAUUUGAUAUUACCAGUCGAUAAUUUUACGAACCGUUGUUUUAAAACAAUCAAGCGGAUCGUGGACUGGCAUCCAGAAGGGGCCCCGAAAAAUACUAUUUCCGGUUUACGGCAGUCCACGCUUUCAAAAUAGAGGUUUUUGUUUACAUAAGAGUUUUUUCCCUCGGUGAGGGAUUUAAAAGUGGACGUUCACGGGUGGCUUGGUCAAACUUGGCGCAUAUGUCAGCUGUUUAAAAGACACUUCAAAAAUUCAACCGGCGGUGAGAAAAUGUACAAAAUGUAUGUUCUCACUGUCGCAUACUUUAUUACAUAAUAUGUUUAUUUUUCCAAACAAAUGAGAGUUGUCAUUAAAACUGCCUGAUCAGUUUGCGCAUGUGCAAACAACUUCUUGCCGUACUUAAGUUUUACGACGCCGGCGUGUCGUAAAACAUUUUAAAAAAUGUACAAAGUACGUGGAAAGCGAAACUUUAAACAAAGUGUGUAGUUGUCGAUUCUUUGAUAUUAUCAGUCGAUUUUUUUACGAACUGUUUUAAAACAGUCACGCGAAUAGUGGAGUGACACCAAGGCAUCCAGAAAGGGUGCUGUCACGUGAUACUGCCUAUAAACAUUCUACUUCCGGUUAACGGUAGUCCACGAGCGUGUAGCGUGCUUUCAAAAUAAAUGUUUUUGUUUACUUGAGUUUUUUCCCCUCGGUGAGGGAUUUAAAAGCUCCAAUGUCCCAGUGGACUUGCGUCAUCUUGGUUAAUUAAUGUCAGUCUGCGUUACAAAAUGUCUUACCUGCUGACCUUGUUCGGCUGGUAAGACACACCUGGAACAACUUUGUGUACUUCCAGUAGUAAUCAUGUCGCUGCAGGUAACUCUUAUGCUUAUGGCGGUGUGGACGUUCACGGCAGCUUUUGGUCAAGCUUGGCACACUUUGGACUCCUCGUACGUCGCUGCGGUGUACGAACAUCACCUGAUCCAAAACCCGAACCCCCUGGUCCCCGUGUCCCGGCACCAGGCCCUCCAGCACAUGCAGAAGAACUUGGACGUCUACGAGGCGCAAGCAGCUCUGGCAGCCCAGCAGGGUGCAGACAUCGUGGUGUUUCCAGAAGAUGGUCUUCAGGGGUUCAACUUCAGCCGCUCCUCUAUUUCCGGCUACCUGGAGACGGUUCCUGACCCCCGAGAGGAGAAGUGGAACCCCUGCACGGAGCCCAGCAGGUUUAACAACACAGAGGUUCUGCAGCAGUUGAGCUGCAUGGCUCGCCGCCACAACCUCUACGUGGUAGCCAACAUGGCCGACCUGCAGCCCUGCCCCCUGAGGACAGACCCCGCCUCUUCCUGUCCCCCCGAUGGACGCUGGCAGUUCAACACCGACGUGGUUUUCAGGUCAGACGGGCUGCUGGUGGCGCGUUACCAUAAGCACAACCUUUAUUUUGAAGGGGCUUUUGACGCACCGCCGCGGCUGGAGGUCGUAACGUUCGAUACACCUUUCGCCGGGACGUUUGGCCUCAUUACCUGCUUUGACAUCCUCUUCUUUGAGCCCACAAUAGUCCUCCUGGAGAGAGGUGUGCGUCAGCUGAUCUUCCCCACCGCCUGGAUGAACCAGCUGCCCCUACUGGACACAACACAGUUCCAGCGGGCGUUCAGCCUGGGCGCCAACGUCACGCUGCUCGCCGCCAACAUCCGCCACGAUGGACUGAUCAUGACAGGAAGUGGCGUCUACACCCCCUUCACAGCCGCCUACCACCACGCUCAAAGAGGGGACCCCGAGGAGGGCCGGCUGGUCGUGGCCAGGGUCCCGGUGUUGGAGCCACAGUGGGACGAGGAGGAGGGGGGCGGAGUCAAGGGGGGGGCCACAGACCCCCAUUAUUGUCACCAAGACAGCUGUGCUUGGUCUGCACCACCCACCUUCACCGCCUCCAUGAUGUAUGAUCCCUUUCAGUUUGUCCUCCUCAACCACACAAAAGGCCAAGUAGAGGUGUGCCAUGGCAGUUUCUGCUGUCGCCUGCAGUUCCAGAAGUUUCCAGAGGGGGUCAGUAAAGAGCUCUAUGCACUGGGAGCUUUUGAAGGCACUCACACAGUCAACGGGCGUUAUGCUCUGCAGGUGUGUGCAGUGGUCCGCUGUGCAGGGAUGGAGGCGGCCUCUUGUGGACAGGUAGUGGAAGAAGCAGACACUAAAUUCAACUUCACGCUUGAGGCCCAAUUUGGGAGCAAAUAUGUUUACCCAUCUGUUCUGGUGAGUGCUUACGUCCUGGAGCAGCCUGACCAUGUGGAGAAGACUGGAGACGGGAGGAUGACCAUGAAACAUGCAAACACAGCAGGAGGGCUGGUCACCGCCUGCUUGUACGGACGUGUCUAUCACCUGGACAAGCAGUGAAGCACACAAACUGACCAGACAUGUGUAACACUGCACACACCUGAAAUGGUGUGGUUUGAAAAUCAGGAAAUAACUUUAUUCUUUGCUCCUACUUUACAAACAUCACACCAAAGACUGCAGGAAAGGUGCUGGUUCUCAAAAAGCAAAUAAUUAUUUCUCUCUCUCUCACGCACACUACAUAAACAUGGAGUGGUGUGGCUGCAGGUGCACCAACAAUCUUUCAGUAAUAAAAAAGA